CUCCUGUCGCAGCCUACGAUCAUCGUCGCGCGCCAGAUCGAGCCCCUCAACAUCUUCCUCGGCUGGGAGCAGGCCAACCGCUACCAGCUCAACGCCCCCGACGGCGCCAUCCUCGGGUACCUCCUCGAGGAGGAGGCGUCCGUCGUCAGCACCAUGUCGCGCCAGCUCCUGCGCACCCACCGCCCCUUUCGCGCCAUCGUCAUGAGCCCCGCCGGCGACGUCCUCCUCCGCAUCCGCCGCCCCUUUUCGUGGAUCAACUCGCGCAUCUACGUCAUCGGCGAGGCGCAGCAGGAGUGGGCCCUCAUGCGCCGGCGCUACAACCUGUUCCUGCGUCGAGGCGGGCCCGACGGCGACGAGUUCGACCAGUUUGGCCGCAUCGACUCGGGCUUCCUCGCGUGGGACUUUACCGUCCGCGACGAGGCCAACGCGCCGAUCGGCAAGAUCGACCGCAACUUUGUCGGGUUCGCCCAAGAGCUCUUUACCGACACGGGCCAGUACGCGCUCCACUUCGAG